UCAGUCUUCAUCAUCAACAGAACAGAAAACAACUCAAAGCAGUAUACAAAGAUAUCAAGCUAACAUCCAAUUAAGAUGGGAAAAAGAAUGGGUUCUUCAGCCAUUGUAAUUUAUAUGGUUUUUUGUUUGCUAGGUUCAGCAUUUGCUCAACUGAAGAUGGGCUUUUAUGCUCAAAGUUGCCCUAGAGCUGAGAAAAUUAUCCAAGAUUAUGUGAAGCCACGUGCCCCUGUUGCGGUUGCAUCUUUACUCAGAAUGCAUUUUCAUGACUGUUUUGUCAGGGGUUGUGAUGCAUCUGUAUUACUGAACUCAACCAGCAGUCAAGCGGAAAAAGAUGCUCAACCAAACCUGACUCUCCGAGGUUUCGACUUCAUUGACAAAGUGAAAACCUUAGUAGAAGCUGCAUGUCCUGGCGUUGUUUCUUGUGCAGAUAUUAUCUCUUUAGCUGCAAGGGAUUCAGUUGUUGCCAUAGGAGGACCUACAUGGCAAGUUCCCACUGGACGACGAGAUGGAAGAGUUUCAUCGAGGUCUGAAGCCUUGCAAAACAUCCCUAAUCCUAAUAGCAACUUUACUACCCUUCGAACAGAUUUCGCUAAUAAAGGGCUUAGCGUGAAAGAUCUUGUUUUGUUAUCUGGUGCUCACACAAUCGGUGUCUCUCACUGUAAUCCUUCUUUCUCAAAUCGUCUGUACAAUUUUACCGGUAAAGGAGAUCAAGAUCCUUCACUAGACAGUGAAUAUGCAACAAAUUUGAAGGCAAGGAAAUGCAGAACAAUAACUGAUAACACAACAUUAGCUGAGAUGGAUCCAGGAAGCUUUAAGACUUUCGAUUUAAGUUACUACAAGCUUUUAGUUAAAAGACGUGGUCUGUUUCACUCAGAUGCAGCUCUUAUCACAGACGCUACAUCAAAAUCAUUUGUUACCCAAUUGCUCCAAGGUAGUCUAUCAAAUUUCUUUACAGAGUUCGCCGCAUCUAUGGAAAAAAUGGGUCAAAUUGGAGUUAUGACCGGAUCAACUGGUGAAAUUCGAAAGAUAUGCUCGGCUACUAAUUAGUUUGUAUCUUGAGUUGGUUGGUCUGCUUGUUUGUUUUGUUUCUGCUCUUCGAUUUUUUUUAGAGCAAUCACGGAUCUGGAGAAAAAGUGUGGUUCUUCGAUCUGUGUUGUUAUUCUUCUUGUUCGUGUUUUCUUCCAUGUUGGGUUUGAAAGGUCAUGCAUGUUGCCUUUGCUGGCUAUCAUUUAAAUGAUUGGUAUAAUUAAAUAAAGAGUGGGCUUCUAGUUUUUGUUUUAA